AUGUAGUGGUGUGUGGUUUGACAUGCGUUCACGAUAUGUUAUUGUCCUACUCUCAUGCUUUAUUUAGCGAUACAGGCAAUGGCACUGAGAUAAGCCCAGUUGUGAUGACUGUGGCAUUUUGUUUUGUGUUGCUGUGCUUGUAGAUGAGAGGGGCCCUUUGGCCCCGUAGGCUGCAUUUUUGGGCCCUGUUGUCAGCAGGCUGUUGAAUCUAGACGCUCAGAUGCUCAGGGUAAACAUUCCUGUUCGUCUGUGCCUGCCUGCUCACUAGGACACAAAAUCAGAUGGAAAACAGAACACCGGCCUGGGAAAAAUGUACGUUCCAGGCAGUGACCCCUUGACUCGCCACAGGACGUAACAUUUGUUUGUUAAAAGGAUCUGCCAGCAGCAUAAGUGACAAGAACAUAGUGGAUCUUAUCUGAGCUUUCAGUACAAAAAAACGGCCCAAAAAUUAGGGCUAAAAUGGUUGAUGUUGUAUCACCACACAUCAUGCCAUCAGAAAGUGAGGUUCUUGUGGCAAGGUGCUUUCUCACCAAGAUUUUGCGAAGCUCUAUGAGGAAGAAUCGCUUCAAAGGGAAGAAUGAUCUGAGCUCACGGCCUCAUUCCUGGCACUCCCAAAAACUAACAGAGGAAGAGCCUGACCCCUUUGGCAAAGAGACCACUCCAGUAGCAGUGUGGAACCAAAAAGAAGCCAGACUGAAAGAGUCGUCAUGUCAAACAGACCGGAAUAAGCAGCAUAUGCAAACUGGCCAGCUCAGUUUAGAGAGCAACAUGGAGAGACUGGAGCGUCCUGUUCAUCCUUUCCCACUGGAAUGUGUUUCCCCGACUAAAUACACCGGCAGCAGCGAGAUUGGUACAGAAGGCAAAAGAGACACAUUUAUCUGUUUUUCCAGUGACUCCAACACUCUGGUUCUAGAUUCAAAUUCACCCGGCAGGAAGGGAACCAGUGUUGAAAACAUUUUUUUCAAGGGUUUUCAGGGUGAAGGGCACUUUACAGUGGAGCGCCCCGAGUACUUGCAGAUGCUUUACCAGAAGGGGUCACAGUUGGAAGAGCAGAACUCCUCUUGGUGUUCAAGUAGAUUUAGGCCAAGCGUUGGCUCAGUGUGGCAGGUACCGGAAAAGAGGAAGACAAAGCCACCUCCACCACAUCCCACAAUGCGCAAUGAUAGUUGUGCUACCUCAAGGGUGUUUCCAUACCUAGGAGGAUCAGAAAAAAAUCCAAACAAUCACCGCAGGUCAUUUGAAAGUUUUGCUGAAUGGAGCAAAUCUCACCCAGAAAAAAACAGCAAGUCCAGAUGUAGCAUCACUUCUCUGUCAGAAAAAGAUAUUCUCCAUCCCAGCAGAGCAGAUGAACACAACCAACUACACCCAAACAAACAUUUCUCACUGUCAAGCACUGAUGUCCGACAGUUUCAUUACACCAACAGACUUGCACACCAGAAACAGUACAGUGAUGAGAGCAACUUCCAUCUCCAGACCGCCAUAACUCCUCACACCAAGAUUCAGAGUGUUGGAAGUUACUAUCGCAGUUUACAGGACCUGCCAAUGAACGCUUCAAAUCGUAAAUUUGUUGAGUGCUCCUCAGCUUCUAUGGAUGCCGCAAACCUAGAAGAGGACAGAUACUCUACUUCGGUAAACAAAAAGGGAAAGCACCAGAUGCCACACACAGAAAAUAAAGGUCAUAAUGGGUUUAUUAAAAAUAUUUACCUCCUCAAACCCCAAGGCUCUGAACACUUACAAUGCCUUGGCCCAAAGGAUGCCACAGAGAGAAGUGAUGGACAUAUUAACAAUAUGAAAAGAAUUUUCCCAGCUCAUCAAAGUAGUAAUCACAAGAUGAGUGUUUCAAGGCUCAAUAACCCUUGGGUGCCACAAGAUGACCAAGAGCAAUCCCCUUUGAAUACCUCCUUGCUCCUUGCACAAGAGCAUAGAAUUCAAACGGACGUCACAUCAAUGAGUAAUUUGUCAUCCCGUAAUGUUUACGACUCAAUUAGCGGAAAAGGCAGUCGACGUGGUGACCGUUAUGCUACUACACUACGGAAUGAAGUACGGCAGAAGCGAGCCCAGUUGCAAAAAAGCUGUAGUGCUGCAACGUUAACUUAUGAUGUCCAGAAUGAUGACCUGUCAGACUGGAACUAUAAUGAGCCUUCUAAAACUUGCUGCAUCUCCUUAUCAAAUACCUACAAAGACAAUCUUAAAGAGGCACAGGUGAGGGUCCUCCAGGCUACCUCUUUCCAAAGACGUGGUCUAGAACCCCUUGGAACAGAGGCGGCAGUACAAAAAGCAUCUAAUGGACGCAUUAAAGGACGUAAGCGUUACCCUUUAGCCAAACGUAUGCAUUCCUUUUCAGAACCUGACAAGAUCGAUAGGGUAGGAGUGGAAAGAGAGCAUCAAGAUGCGCCUUUUGACCAAAUGAAGUUCUCUCAUGUAAAACCAGCAAUUUCUAAAAUGGUGAUGCCAAUGUCAGGUGAGCCAAGUGAAACCAAAGAGAACUGUUUAUCAGGGGAGGCUCAAGACACUCAUCCAGCUAGACAACCCGGAUGCCUCACACCCUCAGAAAAGGAGGUCCCAUUGGAACAACAGAAGCUUGGAACCUUUGCUGAGUACCAGGCCACGUGGAACAAACAGAAAAGGGCAUCUGAGCCCAAGAUCCAAGGCAGAUAUUACUCGGCAGAGAAUAUCUUGGAUAAUGAAACUGAAGAGGUGGCAGCGUACAUCCACGAGAGAUCCAGAUCUUCUCCCUCUGCAGACAUCUGUACUCAGAAUAUACCAACCAUGUGGAAUGAUCCUCAGGCCAAGCAGAGCAAUUACUCCGCAAGAACCGAGAGCAACCAACAGUCCAGUUCUGAUGCUGUUAAGCAAAACGUUGCAGUCUCCUCUGGUCCUUGUAAUCUGCGCCCUGUCCCAGGAGCCCAAGAACCAACCCAGCCUCCGCAAGUCAAUGCUGUAUCACCAUCCAAGCCCCAUUUGGGCACAGAAUCAACUUCUCUGCCCCAGGAUUUCCUCUCUGGGGCACCUAAAGACCCAAUGAUACUUCAGCCCCUGUCUAGUUUGGACACCACUACCAAGACCCUAACAUCUCCUGACUGUUCUCAACUCUAUGAAAUUCCUCAGUCUGAUAGGAGACCAGGGGAUAUCGAGAGCAAGAAGGAGCAGUCAGCAUCUUCGUCCUCUUUAUCUGUUCUGGCAGUGAAACGUUCUCACUCGCCUCCUCCACUUCUUCCGUCUUUGAGGGAAAGGGACAGACUGCCAGUUGCAUCUGUGCUGGAGGAUGCACCUCUCUGGUCCGAAAAAGACUGUAAACUCUCAGAAGCUGUGAUAGAUGUGAGCAAUUCAGGGAGAAAAUGUAUUGGAGUGGUCUCAGCCAACCCCGCCCAGGACAGUGGAACUUCUGUUGUUUUAAAGACCCACUCUGACAGCAUCUCCAUGGGUGCCAAUGAGAUCUGGCCCCCCUCAACCAUCACACAAUGCAAAAAACAAACUACCAGGGAUCAGCAACCUGAAUUAGAGCAGCUUAAGGUAAAGGAAAGCAUUCCUGUGGAAAAUCUUACAGGUGAUGAAGACGCCAAGACGCAACAGCUUGUGAGGGACAUUAUGGGCAAAGACAAAUCCCUGGUGGAGAUCUUAGAUCAGAGUGGAAGGAAGACCACAAUGGACCUGAUGGAGGGCCUAUUUCCCCAAGAGAGACAGAUCCUGGAGGUGGCCCAUCAACGCAGGAGAACCUCGAUUGGUUCCAGGUUGCCCACCACAAGCAGGAGGGAUGAGGAUGAUAUUUCUGCAGCAGCUUCACUGGUUCCAAGUUCUUCCUACUACAACACAUCAGCUCCAAAAGCUGAGCUCCUGAUCAAGAUGAAGGACAUGCAGGAACAAUUGCUGGAACAGGAUUCUGAGGAUGAGCUGGAUGUGGACCUGGCCACUAAAAAGCAGGAGCUGAUCUCAAGUUUGGCCAAGAAGCUGGAGGUGCUACGGGAGGCCCGACAAAGCUUGCAGGAAGAUGUCGAGGACAACGAGGCUUUAGGCAGUGAGGUGGAGAGCACUGUUCAACGCGUCUGCCAGCCCAACCAGCUGGACAAGUUCAGGAUGUUUGUGGGUGACUUGGACAAAGUCGUGAGCUUGCUUCUGUCAUUGUCGGGUCGUCUGGCGAGGGUGGAGAAUGCUCUAAACAGUCUGGAAAACGCAGCACCCACAGAGGAGAAGCGCACCCUGACUGAGAAACGCAAACUGCUUAUGCAGCAACAUGAAGACGCCAAGGAGCUGAAGGAAAACCUGGACCGUCGGGAGCGUCUCGUGUCUUCUAUCAUGGAGGCCCACUUGGACCCUGAGCAGCUUGACGACUAUCGACAUUUUGUCAAGAUGAAGUCUGCCCUCAUUAUCGAGCAACGCAAACUGGAGGACAAAAUCAAACUGGGCGAGGAGCAACUCAAGUGCUUAAUUGACAGUGUGCCAUUGGAGCAGAGGUUGCACUUUUAACCCUCUUGCUCUAGACCCAGAAUACAAAAAGAUCUCUCCAUCGACCUCUGGACUUGAAGCACUCUUAUGUUUACCCUGACCCGUUUUACAUUUUGACUUUUCUUUUUGCACAUGAUAUGUCAUGCUUGAAUGCACAAACUAUAUUUGACAGUGCUGAACACAGAAUCAAUGCACUCUAGAAUGAUGUGACUUCAGAGAGAUUAAUGAUUAUUUAUUAUGUCUCUUGAAAAUCUUUUCUGAAAUGUGAGAUGGAAUAAACUCUGAAAACUCUCAUUCUAUCAAAUAAGACGUUUCAGUUUGAUGCAGUAUAUGGAGAUGCAGUUGAGGUUCCAUCAAUGCAUUUAUGCUUCUCAUCUGUGUUUUCGAUGGUGCAACUAUACUGUACCUGAUCUAGGAAGGCGCAACAGAAUACAGAGGAACCAAAACAGGUUCAUUCUCAUAGUGUGCAUAUGAUUGCCAAUAUUUACCUCCGAGUU